AAGAGAAAGCGCGAUGUAUUUUAGCGGGAGCGCGAAGAGCUCUUCAUCCUCACUCCUCAGUGUUUAUUGAGAAAAUUAGGGUUUAAAAGAAAAUUUUCUCCGAUCUCAUCGAUUCAGACCUUUUAGUUUUCACUGAUCGCCCCAGAUUCAAAAGGCCACGCUCCUCAUCUUCUUUUUCCUCUUUUUCGGGAGAAAACGAUCGAGUUUGAGAAAAAGACAAAUCUGAGGUCUUGAUGAUGCUUCCAUCUGAAGCGAUCGUGAAUAUUGUGUCGAGACUGAGCAGUAGAUUUGAUCUAAAUUGAAAUUGACUUAAGGUGCUAUUAUUUCGAGAGAAUUUCGUGGCAGCAAUUAGUGAAAUUUUCUAAUUCUUGAGUGACAGUACUUUAGGCUUAAUUAGAAUCUGAGUGACGUGAAAGUGAUGGGCUUUAUGCUGCUUGGUUCGACGCCUCCGCUGAUCAAACGCAGAGCCGGGUUGCGGUGGACACAAGCAGGGCGAGGCUCGUACCGUGGAAGUUAGUGGGUAGAUAGAGUAAUUUUAAGGGUUUGAUCAUAAAAAUUUCGGGUACAAAGUUUCAGCUCAGGUGAUGGGAACUGCUAAUACUACUGCUUUGAGACAGCUGCUGAGGGGUCUUUGCCAAAACUCGCACUGGAAUUAUGCAUUGCUUUGGAAGCUCAAGGGAACGAGAUUAUUCUGGGACGAUUGUUAUUUCGAUGAUGAACAUGCAGGUGGAUUCCUUAAUGAGGAACUCGGAUUUAUAUCUUUCAGCAGUCAAAUAAAUACAAGUAGGAACUCUGCUAAGUGGCUGAUUGAAAAAGCAGUGGUCAGCUUGUCCUGCCUCUCAUAUCCACUUGGAGAAGGGAUUACUGGCAAAGUGGCAUCACAAAGGAAGCAUCAUUGGGCCUAUUGUGACAAAAUUGCCUCCAGAAUGCUGGAAGGGUUCCCUGAAGAAUGGAAUCCACAGACUAUGGUUGGUAUCAAGACGAUUUUGCUUGUGCCUGUUAUUCCUCUUGGGGUUGUGCAACUUGGGUCUAUGGAUAUGGUCUUUGAGGAUUUAAGAGAGGUAGUUCGCAUCAGAGAUUAUUUUGACAUAAUCCAGAAUACUUCACAAAGUCAUACUUCUUUAUCACCAAGUACGGAUUGCCUACAUUCCUGCAUGCCUUUGGUCUUGUCUCCGGACAAUUUUCCACUCCCAGUCGAUGCUCUUGACCAGAUUCUUGGGGCGGAUAUAGGGGCUUAUGCAGACGAAAGUAAAUGGCAAUCUAUGUUUAGCAACUUGUUUGAAGAUCAUACUGAAGAACCACCCACGUUUGACCUACCUUUAUUUGGAGACUGUAUAUCUGAAUUUGUGUCAUCUUCAUCUCUGCAGGAUGAGUUGCAUGUAAUUUCUUCCAUCAGUCCUACAUUAAUUUCCAGGGAUCCUAUUAUACCAAAACUCUUUGCAGAAGAUCUUGGACAUGCUGACCACAAUGGUCAUAAUUUUACAGAGGAAUUUGAUGCAGCAACAAAUUCUAUAGUCGACCUCAAACCUCCAAGCUUCCAAUAUGAGUCUGAGCUGCAAGAAGCACUUGGGCUAAGUUUAGAAGAGUUCGAUGAUUGCAUAGAUGGUAUUGUGUCGAAAGCUGAUGAAUGGAGAAACUCGAUGGCCUUCUGCCAGAAGGAACUUCCAGAAGUUUGUAAUCCCAUUUUUGAAGAUGCUGAUGCGUUAUUCCCUAAAGAAAGAGGGACAGAACAAUUACUAGAUGCAGUGAUAGCCAAGUUACUUGAUACCUCAUAUGAUAAUGAACCCUCUGAAUCUGGACAUUUAAGUUUGUGGAGCAACUCAUCAAGUAAGUGUUCAGAUUCUUGCUUAACACAUUAUAAGAUUGAAAAUGAUGUCCUCAAUCUUGGGGAGUCGGUUUCACUUAGCUGUAAAAGGUCCAUGAUUGCCUCUGAAAAUGAAGGCUUCCCAAAUUCUCCCGCCAGAUCUUCUAUUAAGAGAAGUAUUGAUGUGCAAUUAAGUAAAGAAGAACAAGAGACAACAUAUAAACGGUAUAAAAAAGGCUCAAAGCUAACAAAUAUUACCGUUAAAAGAGGCGAUGCCAAAGAUAUGCACAAGCCAAAGCCUCGAGACAGACAGUUAAUACAGGAACGCAUCAAGCAGUUACGAGAACUCAUUCCUGAUGGAUCUAAGUGCAGCAUUGACUCAUUGCUGAAUAGAACUAUCAAACAUAUGUUGUUCCUGGAAAGUAUUCCCCAUCAGGCGGAAAUGUUGAGACAUUCCGCAGAAACAAAGAUUGGAGGUGCGUAUCACAACUCAUCUGGGUAUCGUACUUGCAGAAAUGGGGCCAGUUGGGCAUAUGAAAUGGGAAAUAACUCGAAACAAUGCCCUUUGAUUGUUGAAGAACUUGAGCCGCCGGGGCAAUUACUUGUUGAGAUGCAAUGCGAAGAUUAUGAGCUUUUUUUAGACAUAGCUCAGGUUGUCAGACGCCUGAAACUGAGCAUUCUAAAAGGCAUCUUACAAGUGAAAUCAAAUAAACCACGGGCACAUUUCAUUCUCGAGACGCCCAAGGGAUUCAACCGGAUGGAGAUACUUUGGCCAUUAGUGCGGCUGCUUCAGCGCAACAAUGUACCCACCACUCAACUGUUGUAAACAAAACUAAUCUGUAGAAGCUCUAAAGCUGCCCGCUUAUCGUAUUGCUCUGUUUGCUGGAGUCUUUGCAUGUAUCCACAGGUCUUAUACGGGUAGUCGUGUGAUAAAAUUGUUUUGCGAGGGGCGGCGUCCAAUUAUUCGUGUAUUGUUUGGAUUUCAAGUGGACGAUAUGUACCUAUGAGGUUUUUCGGAUGCUUGUCAUAGGAGAUUGUUGUUGUUGUUGUUGUUUGCGGAUUCUUUGCUUAAUGUUAUUUUUUGCCCCUCAGUUUGAAA